GUCUUCUUCAUUUCAAGCAAGAUGAAGAGCUCAUAUCUUCUUAUUAUCUUUGCGGGCGGAUCCUUCGUUGUUGCUGGUGUCCUAGCACCCCAUCCGACUCGGACAGCUGAGUGCGAUGGCUGUGGCGGCGUUUGCGGGGAUUCUAUUGUUCAAAGCCCUUUCGAACAAUGUGAUCUCGGGCCGAAACUCAAUGGUGCUUGGAACUCUGGUUGCUCUAAGAAUUGCACUUGUACUCCCGUCUGCGGAAAUGGGAUCAAGGAGGACGGAGAAGAAUGUGACGCAGGGAACGCUAAUGGCAAAUACAACUCCGGCUGCACCACAGAUUGCAAGCUUUGCGGUUAUUGUGGUGACGGGAUACUGGAUGACGCUUCAGGGGAGCAAUGUGACAUGGGAUAUAUCUUGAAUGGAUCACCAGGAGCAAACUGCUCCGCCAAUUGUACUUUGCAAACGUGCGAAUACAAAUGUGGGAACGGUGUGGUUGAACCAGGCGAAGAAUGUGACGAUGGCCCCAAUAAUGGACCAAAAGACAAAUGCGGAACAGAUUGCAAGUGGCGAACCUGUUCUUGCGGUAAUGGUGUGACGGAGUACCCCUUUGAGGAGUGCGAUGAUGGCGAUUUGAAUGGCAGCGAAAAGUCACGCUGUAGCAAGAACUGCACCUGGAUUGUGCCCGUUGGGCACCCCAACCCUCCAUGCUGUGGAAACGGCAACGUAGAAUAUCCCGAGGAGUGCGACCAGGGCUUCAUAAACGGAGGACCUGACUCAAAUUGCACAACCGACUGCACCUGGCGUAAACCAGCUCCUCCUCGAUGUGGCGAUGGCCACAUCGAUCCAGGAGAAGAGUGUGAUGACGGAGCCGAUAAUGGUUCACUUCAAUCAUACUGCGAUAAGACUUGCCACAAAUGCACACCUCCUGGCCCUCCAGCCACAUCAGAUACCUGCCCUUGCCAGACCUGCAACCCGAAUCCAUUCUUCAACAAGUGUACGAUCACGACGAGCUGUAUCAACACUCCGAGCGGAAAUGACUAUUGUGCCUGUAGAGCGGGAUAUCGGGCUGAUGGGUUGGCGCCGACGAAUCCGAAGCAGUUCAGGUUGGCGUUUCCAGGACAGGAGUAUAGGGUCUUUGUUGCGCCGGGAGUAAGUUGUGAUACACUUUGUACGAGCCCGUUCCCCGGCCCCCAGAGUUGCCAGGAAGUGCUUGUUAAGAGCUCAUGUUGAAGUUCUGUUCUUGGCAUUUUUGAUUCUCUGAAGGGUUAGUGAGUUAUGAAUUGGAUGGAGUAGUUGGGACUUCAGGCUUCUCCACGUUGUUUCUUAGCAGAGAUAUACUUUGAUAGCUUAUUUGAUCAUUCUUUAUUGCUACUGGAGUAUGAAAUGUUGUUGUG